AUGUAUAACUCCUCCGUCUCCGAGAUCAACUCGAGCUUCCCGCACAGAGGAGAAGGAAUCAGCGAAUCGAAAAUGUCAGAUCUGGGCGCGACAUUGCCGUCGCCGUCUUCAGCGCCGAGAUCCGCCUCAGACUUCUUCUCCGAUCCUUACGACUCGCAUCCUCUAUGGUUCAAGCCUUCACUCUUCCUUUCCCCUGGCUUCGACUCCGAGUCUUACAUCUCAGAGCUCCGUACAUUCGUUCCCUUCGACACUCUCCGAUCUGAGCUCCGCUCCCACCUCGCAUCACUCAACCGUGAACUUGUUGAUCUCAUCAAUCGAGACUAUGCGGAUUUCGUGAAUUUGAGCACUAAGCUCGUGGACAUCGAUGAGGCUGUAGUCCGCAUGCGCGCACCGCUCCUUGCGCUCCGUGAGAAGAUCACCGGAUUUCGUGGAUCCGUGGAGGCCGCACUUUUCUCACUGAGGAGUGGAUUGCAGCAACGCUCCGAUGCUGCUGCUGCGAGGGAGGUUCUCGAACUGUUGCUUGAUACUUUUCACGUCGUGUCCAAGGUUGAAAAGCUUAUAAAAGUUCUACCAAGUGCUCCUUCUGAUUGGCAAAACGAGGAUGCGAAUUCGCUGGGAAGGAGUUCUGUGAAUGAUGAAAAUUCCACGCAGCAAGAUGGGACAACCAUGAGAGAAACACAGAGCAUGCUUCUGGAAAGAAUAGCUAGUGAAAUGAAUCGGCUGAAGUUCUAUAUGGCUCAUGCACAGAACCUGCCUUUCAUUGAUAACAUGGAGAAGAGGAUUCAAAGCGUCAGUGUGUUAUUGGAUGCUAGCUUAGGUCAUUGCUUCAUUGACGGGCUAAACAACAGUGACACAAGCGUCCUUUACAACUGCCUACGUGCAUACGCUGCCAUUGAUAACACCAAGAACGCAGAAGAAAUUUUUCGUACAACGAUUGUGGCUCCAUUUAUACAUAAAAUUAUUGCACGUGAAACAUCAGCAGAUGCUGCUGGAACAUCGGGAGAUGAACUUGAAAACGAUUACGAACAGAUCAAGCAGUUUGUUGUGAAGGAGUGUAAAAUUCUGCUAGAAAUAUCUUCAACUGAGAAAUCGGGUUUGCAUGUCUUCAACUUCUUGGCAAAUUCAAUUCUGAGAGAAGUUCUUUCCGCGAUUCAGAAAGUCAAACCAGGAGCAUUUUCCCCUGGAAGGCCUACUGAAUUCUUGAAGAAUUACAAGGCAAGCUUGGAUUUCUUGGCAUAUCUGGAAGGUUAUUGUCCGUCAAGGGCUGCUGUCACUAAGUUUAGAACUGAAGCAGUAUGUAUCGAAUUCAUGAAGCAAUGGAAUGUGGGAGUAUACUUUUCACUGAGGUUUCAGGAGAUAGCUGGAGCCUUGGAUUCUGCUCUCACUUCGUCUUCUCUUGUUUUCAUUCAGGAUUCUGAUUCCAACUUAACGCUCAGACAGAGCGCUACUCUUUUGGAGAGCUUGCGAUCAUGCUGGAAAGAAGAUGUUCUUGUUUUCUCUGCUGCUGAUAAAUUUCUUCGCUUGACCUUGCAGCUUAUUUCGAGAUAUUGCAUUUGGGUGUCAUCUGGGCUGCAUACUAGAAAGGGUAAUCCCAGCCCGAGUCCUGGAUGUGAUUGGGCAGUUUCAGCCACUGUUGAAGAUUUUGUAUAUGUUAUACACGAUGUAAAUUUUCUAGUCGCAGAAGUUUGUGGCGAUUACCUUGGACAUAUAUUACACUACAUAUCUUCAUGCUCCAGUGAAGUUCUUGAUGUGGUGAGGAUGAGCAUGUUACAGGGUGGUGAUAAACUAAAGGAACUGCUACCUUUAGUUACCAACACAAUAAUUGAAGUCAUUGUUGAUAAAUCUGUUGAGUGCCUAAGGCAGGUGAAGGGAAUAACGACGACAUAUAGGAUGACUAAUAAACCGCUGCCGGUUAGGCACUCACCAUACGUUGUUGGCAUAUUGCGUCCUCUAAAGGCAUUUUUGGAGGGAGACAAUGCUACACAUUACUUGACCCAAGAAACAAGGGACGAGUUACUGCUUCGCACAGUCACUGAAAUUACCAGGCGGUAUUACGAAGUAGCUGAGGAGCUUGUUAGCGUGGCGAGGAAAACAGAGUCGUCGAUUCAGAAAUUUCGUCAAAAUGCACAGAAACGAACAGGUGCAGCGUCAGGUGCCUCUGACCAGAAUGUAUCUGAAACAGACAAGAUGUGUAUGCAGCUAUUCCUUGAUACUCAGGAGUAUGGCCGAAACAUAUCUGCUUUGGGGUUAAAACCGGCAGAGAUCACGGCUUAUUGUUCGCUCUGGCAAUGCGUUGCACCUGCGGAUAGGCAAAACACGAUCAGUGUUUAA